GUCAAAGGCUCCAUUCUGAUCAUCUCCCGGAAGUAUUAUAACUUCACAAACGACGCACACCGUAAGGGUGAUACAAUCAAGCCGUUCACGCCAAAGGAGAGCUGGAGUUUGCUCAUGAAAUUGCUCGGGUCGCAAUGGGCUGAAGAAGACAGAAAAGGUCUUAUCAAGGGGUCCGAGGAAAGGGCUGCCACGGGGCUGUUGAAGAACUUGGGCGGGCUUGCUCUUGCGAUCGAACGCGCGGCUGAAUUGAUCAAAAACGAUUCCAUCGGAGGACCCAACAUUGCAUCGACAUACGAAGAGUUCAAAUCACAACAGACCAACCUGCCAAAGUGCCCAGCAAGUGCUCGCUCCGACGUUGUCCUCGCUCUCAACUCACUUUGGAACAUGCGAUUUACCAAUCUGUCAAGAAACGCUUUGGCGCUGCUGAGCGUCCUAUCGCUCUUGUCUCCAGAUGGUAUCCUAAUUGAUCUCUUUCUCCCGCGAAAUCAAAAAGCAUUAGACGGGAGACUUGCAUUCUGCAAGCAGAUUACUCAACACAUGGAGGAUGCGGACUCGAACACGGCGCUGUCCAGUGUCAUCACUCCUCCACCUCUUCUCCGCAAAGCAAUCCAAGCAGGAAGGACGUGAGCUCUGGGCACAUCGUGUCGUCCAGGAGGCAAUAAACUACCACUCCUCUGAAGAUUUGCAGGAGUACUUUGACGCCGCGGUAGCUUUGGUUAUGAAGCUUUUCCCAAGCAGGUUCGCGGUGACUAUUUAUUGACUUGCUUGCCAAUUGUGGAUGGUUCUUGUAUGAAGUUUCUGAUUACCCCCUGUGUCUUCGUCUCAUGGAGACUGCACGAGUGGCAUGUGAGGACAAAGG